CCGCUGUCCCGCUGCUGCUCAUUCUGGUCAUACUGUUUUCUAUUGAUUUUGGAAAUUGUUAGCUUGCAGCAUUUGCUUGGAUUUGUAGCACAAUGAGUGGAUAUCGAGGCAUUGGCGGUGGGGGCUUCCCCUACCGCAAGCCAGCAAGUUCCGGCAACAACAUGAACGCCGUACCGCCGCCCCCGAUGCUGAAUGCCCGUGGCUAUUCUGGUUCCCGCGGAGGAUUUGGAGGAGCAAGCCGUGGCGGUGUCACCGGGAGCACUACAUCAACGUCCAAGCACGGCUACUCCACCUUGGACUCCAUCAGCCAGUACACCAAUGCCACCAAUCUGGUUGGCAAAAGGAAGCACCACACGGACGAUGACUAUUUCGAUGAUGACGAUGAGCCCCGGGAAAAGGAGAUAGAACAAGCCUAUAUACCGGCACCAGGAUCCCCGGGAGCUCCGCCAACGUCGGCCAAAAAGCAAGAGGAUUCCGAUUCGGAUGAGGAUCCCCUCGAGCAGUUCAUGGCGGGCAUCAACCAGCAGGUGGAGAAGGAGAAGCGUCAACAAGCACCUAAGCCGCCAACUCAGGCGGUGAGAGGUGACAUCGAUGACGAGGACGAUGAGGAGAGCUACUAUCGCUACAUGAAGGAGAAUCCCAAUGCUGGACUUCGCGACGAGGGAUCCGAUCAGGAAAUCGAAUACGAUGAGGAUGGCAAUCCCAUAGCCCCACCGAAGAAAAAGGACAUUGAUCCUCUGCCGCCCAUCUACCAUUCCGAAAUCGAGUACGAACCCUUCGAGAAGAACUUCUACACGCAGCAUGACGACAUAGCCGCCCUGGAUGAUGAGCAAGUCCGGGAAUUAAGGCGCACACUUGGCGUAAAGGUCACUGGUCCAUCACCACCCAAACCAGUCACGUCCUUCGGCCAUUUCGGCUUUGAUGAGCAACUCAUCAAGGCCGUGAGGAAAGCGGAGUAUACACAGCCCACACCCAUCCAGGCACAAGCAGUGCCCACCGCCCUGUCCGGCAGAGACAUCAUUGGCAUAGCCAAAACUGGUUCCGGUAAGACAGCAGCUUUCAUCUGGCCGAUGCUAAUGCAUGUGAUGGAUCAGAAACAGCUGAAGCCAGGCGACGGACCCAUAGGACUUAUCCUAGCACCUACACGCGAGCUUUCCCUGCAGAUCUACAACGAGGCCAAGAAGUUUGGCAAGGUCUACAACCUGAACGUGGUCUGCUGCUACGGCGGAGGCUCCAAAUGGGAGCAAAGUAAAGCUCUGGAACAGGGAGCGGAAAUUAUUGUGGCCACGCCAGGACGUAUGAUAGAUAUGGUCAAGAUGAAGGCCACCAAUCUGAGGAGGGUCACUUUCCUAGUGCUUGACGAGGCCGACCGUAUGUUCCACAUGGGCUUUGAGCCCCAGGUUCGCUCCAUCUGCAACCACGUGCGUCCAGAUCGUCAAUGCCUAAUGUUUUCGGCCACCUUUAAGAAGCGAAUUGAACGUCUGGCCAGAGAUGUGCUUUCCGAUCCCGUGAGAAUAGUGCAGGGAGACCUGAACGAGGCCAAUCAGGACAUUACACAGUCUGUGUACGUCUUCCCCAAUCCCCUGCAGAAAUGGAAUUGGCUGCUGUGCCAUCUGGUGAAGUUCCUUUCCGAAGGAAGUGUCCUGAUCUUUGUGACUAAAAAAGUAGAUGCUGAAACGGUGUCUAACAAUCUUUUAAUUAAGGAGUACAAUUGUCUUUUACUCCACGGCGAUAUGGACCAAGCGGACAGAAACAAGGUCAUCACUCAGUUUAAGAGAAAAGAGUGCGAUAUUCUAGUGGCCACCGACGUGGCAGCCAGAGGAUUGGAUAUACCCCAUAUUAGGAAUGUGGUAAACUACGACACAGCCAGGGACAUUGAAACCCACACGCACAGAAUUGGAAGAACGGGCAGAGCCGGUGAAAAGGGUAAUGCAUACACUCUAGUCACCGAUAAGGACAAGGAGUUCGCCGGACAUCUGGUGCGUAACUUGGAGGGAGCCGAUCAGCUGGUGCCCGACGAUCUGAUGGAGCUGGCCAUGAAGAGUUCCUGGUUCCGCAGCUCACGCUUCAAGCAGGGCAAAGGCAAGAGACCAACAAAUACCCACACAGGAUUGGGCUAUCGGGAGAAAGGAAAUGGAGGUGGUGGCUAUGGUUCGGCUGGUGGCUCGGAGUCCACUGCGAGUGUGUCUGCCCACAGUCCUUCCGACGGACCCUCUAGCAAAGCCUUUUCGAGCUCGGGACCAGCCACAGAUCGCUAUACAGCAAUGAGGGAGGCAUUCCGAUCCCAGUAUAACAAUCAGUUCCGUGCGUCCAGCGAUCGCACUUGGGAGAAAACUCUGCCGGAGUCGGGAGUUUUCGCUGCGCCAAUGGCACCGCCCUCAUCAUCAACACAGGGUGCUUCCGCCUCAUCGGCCAACAACAGCAGCAACCAGGAUGCCAAAAGAGCCAAGAAGAGUCGCUGGAAUUGAACGACGAGCCCAAUAAACUGAUGCUGCUAUUUGGUUUAUUUCUCUUCAUAUUAUUUAAUGUGUAUUUGCUUUUGUUCCAUCGUUUAAAAUUACAACUUAUGAACUAAAUUUAAACAUAUUAUAUAUAAUCAGAUAUAUACCAUGUUCAUUCAUAAAGAUUACGUUAGUUAAAUACUCGUAUGUACAACUCUCUUCCUUCGCAGCCAGUUCCAGCGAACGAUCCCACAGAUCCAAAUAAAAAUAUUCAUUAAUUGU